GGGGCUAAACAACGGAAGAAGAAAAGAAAAAGGUUUUUGAGUUUUUCGAUCUCAAAGAGUGUUUACUGUAGAAAUAUUUAGAUUUUGGAGUAAGCUGAAGUAGUUAUAGCAAGAAGAGAUGGUAUCAGUAAUGGAGGUGCUAAAUUGCUAAUACUAGCAACUUAAAGAAUGGAGGAGAAGUGUUCAAUUUGAUCACCAUUUUCAUUAUUGGAAAACGAAUUUCAAUCUGAAAGAAACCUGUCCAUUGAUAUACCAUUCAAUUGUGGGUAUUUACGUCUUUCAUUCCCCUCCAGAUUCACUCUCGUUCUAUUAUCAUCUGGGUUCCUAAAACCCUCUUUUCAUUCCCCCAAAACCUCUCCUUUUCUCUAAAAAUUGCCCUAGUAUCCAAAACCCCUGAUCAAAAUGUUGUCAAGAUUCUGCAAGCGGACGAAUUUGAUGCAUUCAUUGAAGAACUUACAGCAUUCUCCCAUCCAAACAAGACGAAUCACAGAAGCAUAUUAUAUUGGUAGUAGUAGUAGGGCCAAUCUUGAUUCACAAAUUCGGAGUUUCAUGUCUUACAAAGGGUUUAAUCCAACAUCUUCUUUAGGUUAUAGGGUUAACAAUUUACCAGUUCAUUAUGUUAUUCGUCGUCAGUAUGUGAGUAAUAUUACCAGAGAUAAAAAAUCACAAAAAACUCUUAUAUAUUUAUCUGUACUGGUUUGUGCAAUGGUGGGUGCAACAUAUGCUGCUGUUCCUUUAUACAGAAGAUUUUGUCAAGCAACUGGGUACGGUGGAACUGUUCAAAGACGUGAGACUGUUGAGGAAAAAAUUGCUCGGCAUACUCAAGAUGGAACUACAUCUACAAGGGAGAUUGUGGUGCAAUUCAAUGCUGAUGUAGCUGAUGGAAUGCAAUGGAAGUUUACUCCUACCCAGAGAGAGGUGAGAGUCAAGCCUGGAGAAAGUGCUCUUGCAUUUUACACUGCUGAAAACUGUAGUUCAACCCCAAUAACCGGUGUCUCUACCUAUAAUGUUACUCCCAUGAAGGCUGGAGUUUACUUCAACAAAAUACAGUGUUUCUGUUUUGAAGAGCAACUACUUCAGCCAGGAGAACAAAUAGACAUGCCUGUAUUCUUCUAUAUCGAUCCAGAAUUUGUCACAGACCCAAGAUGUGAUGGUAUCAACAACAUCAUCUUAUCUUACACCUUUUUUAAAGUCAAGGAGUAAAAGUGACACCACCAAAAGAUUAUAGAUAUUUUAUAAUUCUUUACAACUCUAUUCUUUCUUUGAGAUUAUAUUGAUAAUAUUUUUAUCGCCAUUUUUUCAGUAGAUAUACUCAAUCUUGUUAGUCCGAGGAUGCUUGUCCAUUGCUUGUGUAAUGAUUACUUACUCAGAAACAUGUUUUUGUGUGUUGUUUCUGCAUAUAAAUAAAUGUAUUUACAAGGUCUUGGCGGGGGUGACAGGGUUAAAGAGUGGCACCCCCAACUGGUGAUUCUUCUUGGA